AUGGAAGACAGAAUAUCCGAAUUGCCAAUACCAAUACUUCACCACAUUCUCUGUUUCCUCUCCCAGAAAGAAGCCGUCAAAACUUGUGUACUCUCCAAACAAUGGCGCCACAUAGGAUCAACCCGCCCCAACCUCGAAUUCUUCGAAGAAUGGUUCAACUGUUCCAUAAUUCAGCAUGCUCUCUCUCUACUCUCCAGACUAUGGUCCAACCUCGACAGUACACAACAAAACUUUGAUUCCAUAGUCGACCGAACCCUACAAGGAUAUCUUGAUCAAAACCUCUCCAUACACCAACUCCAUCUCCACUUAUCCACUCCUGUCUCAGAACCGGUCAUCUCCCUUAUUAACAAUUGGAUCCCGAUGAUACCCGACCUCAACAUAAAAGUGUUCAAACUCAUCUUUCUUUCACCAACUUUCGAUCUUUCACUAACUCCGCCGUAUUACGAGUCCCUCGAAGAACUACACCUGCGCAAUUGUAAGCUGAGCCUGGUUGAGAGCGUGCGGUUCGAUCGUCUGUGCAUACUCACCCUCGAACACGUCCAAGUUGAUGACGGGACUUUUGAGACGAUAAUGUUGGGCUGCCCUUCGCUCAUGUGCUUGGUCCUUUAUUUUUGUGGGGGGUUGAGAAACGUUAGGCUGAGAUCGCAUGGGCUCAAGCACUUUGAAUUGUUGGAUUCCAAGAGGAUCGAAGGGCGUAGCAUCGAAAUCAAUGCCCCGAGUAUCGAGACAGUUUUUAUAAGCGCCCCAUGGAUUUGGCGUCACCGCCAAAGCGCAUUAAUGUUCUCUCGUCUCAGGACAUUGAGUCUCUAUAGUGUGAUCCUAUCGAGCAAGACGUUCGAUCUGUUAUCGUGCUGCCUUACUCUUGAGUUCUUGAUCCUACAUAAUUGCUCUGGUUUCGAUGAAUUCCAUCUUGCAAGUGAUUCGGUCAUCUUCUUGAGCAUCUGGACCACAAAAAUAUUGCUAAAAGGAGUUACGAUUUGUGCCCCCAACAUUGUCCAUUUUGAAUUCACUGCCCAUAUUUCCCAGGCGCCGGACACAUUCUCUUUCACGACCACUACUUCCAAGGAGUGGUCCUCAAAAGUAUUCUUCUAUUCACAUAAGGAUGAUCCCGAUUUAGACCUCAAUUCAUGGUUCCUUAAGCUGAGACGAGUGCUAAAGGCACUAAGUGGGUCUUGGAUUUCUCUGUUUUUGCAGAUGGACUGCGGGCCUCUGGACGUGCCAUGUAGUGCUGUUCAAGGUGACGAGCAACCUGUGGUGGUGUGGGAGUUGAUUUUUGCUACUCGUAAAAGUCCCACGACGUCUUGGUACAACGGGUUUACGAAUGGCUUGUUUCGUAUUUGUCGACCGAGUCUUGUAAGUUGUUGUAGGUUCGUGAGCGAGUCGGACAAGAGCUACAGGCUGUCGGAGUUUCAGUUCAACAUCUUGCUUGCAAUGAAGAGCCUCAGGACCGAACCUUGCUUUUGGCAGCACGAUUUGGAGCAAGUGUUUGUGGAAUGUCUUGACGGGCGACAACGGCAACUCAUGCAAUGGACGACGCUGGGGGAGUUGCGAAACCGGGCACAAGACGAGAAUAUUCGCCUUGGACUGAAAUGGAUAUGUGAUCAGAAUGUAUAA